AGCAAAAUGUUCUCCAAAAUCGUGCUCGCUUGCGCCCUGGUGGCGGUGUGCCAGGCAGGCUACGUGCACCACGCUCCAGCUGUGUCAUCUCAGAGCAUCACACGUCACGACCAGACUGUGCACCACGAGACUCCCAUCCACUACUCCGCUCCUGUAGUUCACGCUGCGCCGAUCGCUCAUGCGGCGCCCAUCGUGCACGCUGCUCCCAUCGUGCACGCAGCUCCUGCCAUCCACGCCGUGCACGCCGCCCCUGCCAUCCACCAUAGUGGUCCUAUUGUUCAUGCGGCUCCUUUGGUUCAGCAUGUGGCUCCGGCAGCUAUCCAUCAUGCGCCGGUUGUGCAGCAUCUCCAACCUGUUGCCAUUGGACACAGUGAACAAGUUGAGCAGCAUGCUCCUGCUAAGUACGAGUUCUCGUACUCCGUGGAGGACCCUCACACUGGUGACCACAAGUCUCAGCACGAGACUCGCGACGGUGACGUCGUGAAGGGAGAAUACUCUCUGCUGCAGCCUGAUGGUUCCGUCCGCAAGGUUGAAUACACCGCCGAUGACCACAAUGGUUUCAACGCGGUCGUGCACAACUCCGAGCCGUCAGCGCACGCGGCCCCGCCGAGCCCCGCCCCUGUUGUUCACGCCGCUCCAGUUGUUCACGCCGCUCCCAUAGUUCACGCCACGCCAGUGGUACACGCAGCGCCAGUCGUCCACGCGGCCGCGCCGGUCGCACACUAUGGAGGUCACGAAGACACGCAUGUUGACUAUCAUGCCCACCCCAAAUACGACUACUCGUACUCCGUGUCCGACCCCCACACUGGUGACCACAAGACCCAGCACGAGGUCCGUGAUGGUGAUGUCGUGAAGGGAGAAUACUCUCUGCUGCAGCCUGAUGGCUCCUUCAGGAAGGUCACUUACACCGCUGACGACCACAACGGUUUCAACGCGGUCGUGCACAACACGGCGCCCGCGCACCACGAGUACCACUAGCGCCGGCUCGCACUGCCACUGUUUCUCAUGUGAUAUUAUACACUUAAUACUUAAUGUAGAUAGUCUUUAGUCGACAACGACUCUUUAUUUUGUAAGACUGCGGCGAAAAUAAACUUUAAGAAAACUUU